UUAUUGUGCUAAUCUAUGGAAAUUAAAUAAUCUAUUCUUUUUAAACACACGUGGCAUGUGUAGGACGACUAUUGUGCUUUUCAAUACACACCCGAUCGAGAUCAAGAUUCAUUCUAGAUCUAAUUCAACUUCGCUCACAAAAGCUUCUUCAAUCCCUGUUUCAUCAAAUUCCGUAUAAUUCGGUUUAAAAAUCUCUAAAAACUGCUGCAUAUAUGGGGAGUUUGCUGCAGCUUCAACAUCAACCAUCUUCUGAGUGACUCUUGAACUUCAUAUAUUUCGACCCGUCUGAUCUAAAUGGAUCAACGGUUCGGAUUCAUUCACUACCUAUAUCAAAAGCAAACUAUAAAAUGGAUCUGCCUGUUCGGAAUAGCAUCCGCUGUUUUAAUGACUGUUCAUGUUCAGUACUCUCAACCUCCAAUUAUCCGCAGUUUUUCAUUCAUACUCUCCGGUGCGAAACCAUACGAUUUAAAAGAUUCGUAUUCGGCGUUUAACGGGUCGGUAGUUACCGAUCAAAGCACACAAAAUGCAUCAUCUUUGACUAAUCUUUCGACAGUUGAUAACGAAAAGCCCGAUAUGGAAUCUUUGUCGGUGUUGUCGAUUUUACAGAUGAACGAGCUGCUUCGGAAGAGUCAUUCUGCGCGUAAUUCAGUCCCGUCUCACUUGUUAUCACGAGUUGAUCAACAACUACUUGAAGCAAAAUCACGAAUUUUGAAUGCGAACGUCACACACAAUGAUAUGGAUCUUUACGCCCCGAUUUAUCGGAAUAUUUCCAUGUUUAAAAGGAGUUAUGAGAUAAUGGAACAGAUGCUUAAAGUAUACAUUUACAAAGACGGAGAAAAGCCGAUUUUUCACGAUUGGAUUCUAGAGGGAAUAUAUGCUUGCGAGGGUUGGUUUUUGAAGCUGAUGGAAGCAAAUAAACAGUUUGUUACACAUGACCCAAAUGAAGCGCAUUUAUUUUACAUACCGUUUAGUUCACGGUUGCUUCAACAAACAUUAUACGUUCGUCAUUCGCAUAGUCGUGAUAAUUUGAUUCAGUUCAUGAAGAAUCACACGGAAAUGCUUAUGACGAAAUAUCCGUUCUGGAACCGAACUAACGGGUCGGAUCAUUUUCUAGCUGCUUGCCAUGAUUGGGCUCCGGCGGAAACACGGGGACGUUUACUAAACACCAUACGAGCCCUUUGUAACGCCGAUAUUCAAACCGGUUUCCAAAUAGGCAAAGACGUUUCACUUCCAACAACAUACGUACAGUCAGCAACAAAUCCUCUAAAAACCGUAGGCGGUGCACCACCUUCCAACAGACCAACCUUAGCCUUCUUCGCAGGAUUCAUGCACGGUAACGUCCGGCCCGUUUUACUAUCCCAUUGGGGAAACGACACCGACAUGAAAAUAUUUUCGCGACUGCCACACGUCAAAGGUAACCAAAACUACAUCGAUUACAUGAAAACAAGCAAGUUUUGUAUCUGCGCGCGAGGUUUUGCAGUGCAUAGUCCGCGGGUGGUCGAGUCGUUGUUUUACAACUGUGUGCCCGUGAUCAUAUCGGAUAAUUACGUGCCCCCAUUUUUCGAUGUGUUGAACUGGGAAUCGUUUGCGGUUUUUAUACUCGAGAAGGAGAUACCGGAUUUGAAAAGAAUGUUGCUUUCGAUAUCUCAUGAGAAGUAUGUUGAGAUGUAUGAGAGAGUGAAAAGGGUGCAAGAACAUUUUUUUUGGCAUUCUGAGCCUGUUAAGUAUGAUUUAUUUCAUAUGAUUCUUCAUUCUGUAUGGUACAAUAGAGUUUUCACAAGUGGUUUUUAGAGGUAUAGAAAAUGCCUUAGUGAAAAAGGUGAUAUCAUAGAUACAUACACUCAUAUUAUGUUAAAUAUGUGACAUUGUGAUAGGAAUCGUAUGUUAGUUUUUCACUUAAAUAGUAUUUUGUAAUUGUGGGAGGGGGUAUAUGUAACUUUUAUCUUUUAUAAAUAAAGAGGUCUAGUGACUUGGGGAAGGGGGAAUAGAAUUGGUUAGUUAUUAGGCUCCGCUUGUGCGUGAGAAGGGCUGAGCCCUGGGACCACUCGUGGUUUUAUCUUGUAGAUCCUUGUGAUCAUAUCUUUCUAUUGAUUAUUCAAUACAAACAGCGUCAAUUGAUUUCA